CGUAAUUGGCUAUAGCGAGGUGACGCUGCUAGUUUAGCGAGACUAACAGACCUGCUAGCCAGAUCACUCGCAAACACUGAUCAGCUUUAUGAUGUUUGACCUGAUUUUUACCAGGCCUUAGUGGGGUUACUAGGUAAGUGGCUAAUAUAUUUAAGAGAUAACGGAACCACAUCUUCGGCAGAUGACAUAGGAGUUGGUAUUCUUUCCUUGUUUUGUUAGCUAGCUUUGUGUAUCUAGCUUAAGAAGCUAACCUUAGCUGUGUAGCUAAACGCUGACUUGCCUGUUCUGAAUUGGGUGAUGUUAGCGGGCUAGCUGAAGUAGGUAGCUAGUCUAGUUGUCAAUCGUUGGAAGACGAAAAACGCCACAGGCUACAUAAAAGCUGGGACCAGACGGGUGGAGUUCUGUGAAUGGAAACCGAAUAAGGCUCUCAUUUCUCUUACGUGUAAACGCUUGACAGAGUUUCGGAGUGUUUAAGCUAGUGUGACAGACUUCUUUCGUGUCUUACGACAAAAAAUAAUGUUCCGGCGCUGAACAUGGGAGGCAGUGGCUCCAAGUCCAAAGGCUUUUGGCCUUUUGCCGGCUCAGGUACCGGCAAUGAUCCAACCAAUGAGGGGAACGAACAGUCGCUGGCGAGGUUCAGAAGUUCCCGAAGUGGUACACCGUUCGUGUUUACAAGAAGGAGCUCUCUUUACUAUGACGAAGAUGGCGACCUGGCGCACGAGUUCUAUGAGGAGACAGUUGUGACGAAGAAUGGGCGCAAGAGGGCAAAGCUGAAGAGGAUUCAAAAGAAUUUAAUACCUCAGGGAAUUGUUAAGCUGGAUCACCCCCGGAUCCACGUGGAUUUCCCAGUCGUUUUGUGUGAAGUGUGACGAUGCCCAGGGCCUUCUGGGAGACUAGGCUAAGGCCAGCGAUUGACAAACUCCGCCCUCGCCCCCCUUCACUCCUCCCAUUGAGCCCCUGCCAUCCUGAACUUCAUUCUAACCAUGGUGUUCCUCAGAGAGGGCUCACAGCGCCCCUGUGUGGUUAGAAGGGCUCGCAGUGAGCUGAACGACUGCUGCCUUGGCAUAGCUUAUGGAAGCAGUGCAACAUGCUCAAUUGAGGGAUUUAGUGUGGGUAUUUCCAGCUUAAUGUGUGACAGUGCUUUUGGGAGGAAAAAAGAAGAUGAAGAAUGAAUAGAACAAAAAAAAUACAGUCCUGUUCUCUGACCUGUCUCAAAAGUACACUACAGCCCUGUUAUGUCAGGUGGCUCUUACAUGAAACUGUUCUUCUCUACGUUUCAGACAAGUUCAAGUCCAGCCUCUCUGUAAUGUAAUGGAUCCCAAUGUGUGUAUUGCUUGAUUAGGCCCGUGUGUUGGUUUUGGAAGGUCAGUGCUGAGGUUGUGAUGCAAUGGAUAAUUCAUAAAAUAGUAUGUUAUGGAGGGAGAUAGAUAGAUGUAGCCUACUGCUUGCCAGAGUAGUAGGUGUGAAGCUGAACAGCUGGCCCUUAGUUUUCAACACUAGGAAUUGAAUCUUAAGUAAUAACUUUACAGAUCAGAGAGAUUUUUGUUGAGCACAGGUGCUGGUUUUUGGCUCUGCCCAAAGGAAGUAGCCCCAAAACCUGCUCUGUCCCAGCUCUCCCGGGCUCUCUCUGACCUACUGAGCGAGCAGCUCCAGUGGUCAUGUCAUUUUUCCAGCAGAACUGCACAUUGAUUGUGCCUGCUCAGCUCUCAUUUUAAAACAUGUUGGGGGUAUUGCCAGUUAGCGUGUGAUUUUUUCAAACCUGUGAUCUUGCUUAUCUGGUUUAGACCUUUGGUAAGGAGUUUGUGUUCCGGAGAAGUCUGAAGCUUGGUUUUUAAUGUCCUCUAAAGCCUCUCAGCUCCUUGUAAAAUGUUUUGACUGUGUCAUGCAUGAUGUGGCUCUGAAAGAAAUAUUUCUGCUGGUUCUGCAUUUCCAAUCACUUGGUGUCAGUUGUAAUAGCAUAGAUGUAGGAGGGCUGACCUUUGCUAGUUUUAGCUCUUCAGAUGCACAAAUUAUCUCCACAUUUACCUCUAGAUUUGGUCCUUUUGCUUGUAUUAAGGGAUACAGUUAAAAGUUUUAUUUUGGCUGUAAUUUUUUUUAUAAGGAUUUGAGCUUAAUUCCACAACUGAAUUAAUAAAUAUGAAAUAUCUAAUAAAUAACUAGGUGUUUCCUCCCAAAUAAUCUCACUAAGGUGUUUUUGGUUUCAGUUUGGCCCCCUGUGGUUGAGUUUGGGCUCCUGAUGGUCACUAACAGAAAUUGCCUAAUCGAAGGUGGUAGUCCUUUUCUUUUUGCCGCUUCCUUGAAAGGAAGUUGGACCAUUACAAACAUAGUGUAUGAAACAUCACAGUUGCAUCUAUGUAGGAAUGCUGGUUCUUUUUGAAUCCACUGGCAUACCGUAUAAUUCCACAUCUGUCAUUGCAUUGCUCUACGCAAAGCUUGAUUUGUUACCAUUUUUAAAAUCUCAAAUGCAGACACUGUUCCAGCAUAAUGUAAGGGGUAGUUUGAGUGACAAAGUUACACUUUCUAACAGUUUUUAAAACAUCUUUUUACACUUUUUUCAGUUGUUUCUUAAUUUUCCUAAUGGCCUGAAAAUGUGUUCCAGUCACUAUUUCAUGAUUAAAUGGUUGCCACUACAGAAGAACCUCAACUAAAAAUGAAAUUGGCAUACCUUAUACAUUCCACCAUAUUUGAUGCUGUACUCAAAAUUGUGUAAUGCCCUGUCAUGCCACAGGGGGGUAGCAGGUGAAGGCCCAUUGUGGUGUCAGUUUUCAAACCAUUGCGCUACCUCCUCCGUUAUGAUUUCUGAAUCUCAUCUCCUCUAGGUCUGUUAGCUUUUCUGCUUGAGUCCAUGAGUGCAGUGGUUGCCCUGCUGUUUCCCCCUAAACCUAAGCCCUUCAUUGUUCUUAGCAGCCAAUCAGAGUCGUGCCCAAUAUUCCACAGUCCGGAAAGUUCUCCGUUACAGCUCACGCUGGGCUUGUUCUUUUAGCUGACAGGUCCCCUCCCAUCCCCAGCUUUCCUCCAGAAUGGAAAUGCAUGCUGGGAAAUGUCAAGGUGUGUUUACAGCUAGUUCUCUGCUCAUCGUUCUUGACAUGCGCUGACCUGGACUGUGUCUGAAAUGGCCCAUUAUUUCUCUAUAUAGUGAGUAACUAGGGUAUCAGCCAUUUCCUGGAAAUUGGCUGACACCCUAUUUCGGAUGUUUUUUUUUUUGUUUUCAUUUUCAGUGCGUGCAGACCAACAGAACAUUGAGAUGCUGUCACAAUCUAAACUUUCAAGAGCCUGUAUAACUGGGAGAGCUAAUGCCAAAUCCUAAUCAUUAGCAUGUAUGUCCAUAUGUAUGUUUGCCUUGACGUUUAUCAAGCAUUUUAAACGGCUUCUAUUGGAACAUUGUCAAGCCUGAAGGAAGGCAUCCAAAGCAAGCAUUUUACUGAUAUCAGGAAGGACUUUAGUGUGUUUACCUGCCCGGUCAAUCCAGGCCCACAUCCCACUUGAAUAUUGUUCCUUAAAACCAAGCAUGCAAGAAAUGAAUAUUGUAUCCACCCUAACUGGAGGGUCAGCAUGACAAUACAGGGCAGGUACUUGAAUUUACAUUUUUCUAUGAAUGGUCAGAUUAAUCAAGUUUGUUUGCCAGGUUCAUAUUGAAAACAUUAGGUCUGAGUAAUGUGAAACUAGUGUGUUUUCUCAAGUGCGCAGAUUAUCUACAUUUCAAAGUUUUAACUCGAUAAAUUUCAGAUCUGAAAUAUGCACCCCAAGGAUAUAUUAUUUUAGCUCUUUUUAAAAAAAUACUGUCUGAUGGAACAUAGCUGUGAAACGACCCCCCACUCCAGCCUUUUCACAUUCACUAUGGCUGGCAGAGAUGGUUGUUGUUGCAUAUGUAUUGUGUAUAGUUUCUGCGCUUGGCCAAUUAGAACUUUUUCAAACGAGCAAAUCCCAAAAUACCCUACUACAGUCUGGCAUUUGCAAGCGAGUCAUCUCAAAGCGAGUGCAUUCUUUGUCCAGAAGUUCCAUUUAUUUUGCAGGGGGCUUCCUCUAAACCUGGGUGUCUCUCUGGGAUUGUAAAGUUCAGCACAUUUGUUCUGGCGCUUGGCACUUGGGUGAAGCAAGUGCAUUCCUGUUGUGCAAAUUAGUCACUGGAUAGGAGGAGAAAGUACUUCUAGGUAUCAAAGCUAAGAGCAGUGCUGCCUGAUGGGGGGGGGGGGACUUUUUUCUUUUGCCAGCUGUGCGCUCUUUGAGAAUCGGGGGGGAGAGAGUGCUUCGUAACACCCUAGGAGCGUGUGGUAACGUGCUGAGUGUCGCUCAGGCUGUGGACAGUGCUGAAUUAGUGGUAGAAUCGCUGGCCUUCAGUUGAUUUAUCUGUGCAAAUUUGAUGGGCAGCGCAUGACACACAUGUUAUUGUUUCAGUUUUUGCCUGCUUUUGGCAAGCGGAGAAUAUGCAAUGUGGAAAAAUCCUUAUGCUGACUGUGCUGAUCAAUAAGUUUUUACCUCGUCAAAUCUAGUAACCUUGUUCUUCAGGGCUGUUCAGUUGUGCUGCAGUAGAAAUUGCCAGGUGUUUGGCAAUCUAUUGUAGGUGACCUUUAUAUAUGUUGUCCUGGCCCUCAAUUUUUUUUUCAUUUUUUUUUUCAAGCUGCUUGGACAAUUAUCAUGAAUCCAGUGCGUAACGAGGGGAAUUGGUCUCCCGUUACACACAGUUGAGGUUUGGUUCUGGUAGUUUGGUCUUGCUGGAGUUGACCACCAUCUUUAUUCCCGAGUCUCUUCACAACCACCCUAGGAAAUUGAACUUUUGUGCAGAACCAUGUGAAGUGUCUUUUUAAUGGCUAGCAGAUGACCUCGGGUAAUUAUACUGUGAGUAGGCUACGUUUUAUUUUUCCCUCCCUCCUAAAGCUGUGGACUGUCCUGUGAGGGUGAGUCCUUUAUGCACUCAAAUCUCUCUUUCUCUCUCUUUCUUACUCUUUCCCCUCCCAUAAUAUAUAUAUAUCUGCAUUCACUGUGAAGUUGAUGAUCUUAAUGAUCUUGUUAGUUGAGUGGAUAUGAUGGUGGUAGAGCAGUGGGGUGGCUUGGUGUCUGGUAUGCUGGACUGAGGGGUGGAUGAUGACUCAGAGAGUGUGUCAGCUCACCACGUGACACCACCAGAGCACUUGUGUUUGACUGGUAGUGUUGGAGGUAUUUUGUACAGAAAUUGCUCAAUGCGUUUGUAAAUUGUGGGAAAAGAUAUAUGUUUUUUAUAAGAAGCUCAUUUUUGUGUGUGUCUUGAUUAGCCAAUGAUAGAGUACCACUGAAGUCCACUGAGCAUUUUUUCUGGCAAAAGUAAAUAAAUUUCACCCAAAUGAGAUGAUCAUAUUGAAGGCUUGGAGAAGGUAAACUCAAUUUCCAAACUAAAAAAAUAUAUAUAUUUUUUAAUUUAUUUUAUUUUUCGUUCCUGUCAAUUUCAUUGUGAACCAAAGCCUGCUGCCCAUCUGGCCACCACAUUUCUUUUUAAAGAAAAGCAGAAAUGGACCCUUGAGUCUGGAUGGGACAAAUCAGAGUACUGUCUCCAGAUCCAAGAGUCUUUUUUCAAGCUUAAAAUUUGAAAGUUUGUGCACUAGUCUCCAAAUGGCUGCUGUUGGUGUUUGAAGCAAUGCGUAAGCUGAGGUUGGCUAUCACGGUUGAGGAAGUGGGAGUCUUGCCUGAAGGAGCAAUGGGAGCUGUGUUUGAACGUGCUGUGCUAUUAUGUUCCUACAGCCACCAGCUUGGCCAAGGAAACAGCCAUCUUCUCAUCUGUAUACGUGUAUAUACCACAAGCAGCACCUCCAGUACAUGUUGCAUAUCUCGGAGAUGAGGGGGGGCGUUAACCCAUCUGUGUAGAUAAUACAAAUAAGUUCUGUUUAUAUUUAUGAAUGAUUAUUUUUUAAGUUAUGAGGAUACUUGUUUAAUUUUGUUUCUUGUCCUUUUAUUUGUUUUAAAAUAAUAAAAGAAAGUCCUUGAGUAA